ACCUUGACGAUGCAGUUACCCAUACGACCUCUACAAGGUGGUUCUCCGGUCACUCCACUGCACCAAUCGCCUACCCUGACGACAUUGCCGAUUGAUGUCAAGCAUGAGAUCUUCUCCUACCUCCUACUUGGAAAGAAUGUGAAAUACUCAACCGGCGGUCAUGCUCCAGGACACAGCUACACGUUCCACGUGAGCAUCAUGCGCACCAACAAGCAGUUUUACGAGGAGACUUAUGACUAUCUGCGCUCAAACAACGAAUUUGCUCUGAUUCACCUGAAAUAUCCACGCCUUCUCAGUGGCUUUGCCCCUUACAUUGCUGUUGAUAAGAAAGUCAAGAACUUCCGAAACCCUGCUAUCGAGAUUACUGUCGAGGACCUAGAACCGAAAGCCCAGUGGCCUGACCACAACCCUCUGUUCCAUCGCCCGUCGGAUAGGCUUUAUGUACAACGCGUACUCUUCCUGGUUCAAGACCUACCACACUAUGCCCGUCAGAUACAGCUGGAGAUUCACGUCUGGCCCUCUUCUCAGAUCUACGUCCAUCCACCUCGCGAAUCGCGCCCGCUUCAGUACACCCCGAUCGUCAUCAAGAACGAUCGCAAGAUUACCUGGAAGGUCAACCCUAGCCAUCGUACAGAUCUCACACUUGAAGAGCGUCGAGCACGACAGGAAAGAUUGAUUACCCCGAUGACUAAUGUUUUUGGUCACGGGCAAGCAAUUCGCUUCCCUGGCGUUGAUACCGACAUCGCCGCUCGUGCCAUACAAUCCAUGACACCUCGUUUGGUCUCGGUUGAUGCGGUUGGAUGGAACCUCUUCGAGAACAUGCAAGCACAGAAACGCCGCUUGGACGAAUGUCUGAUCAACGGCUUCGGUGGGCCACAUGAUCUACUCCAAGCAUACGUCUUGACAGCUCAGCUGGUGCACGAUGCGCGUUCAUGGUCCCAAUACGCUCAUCAUUACAACACUGCGCUUCUAUUCAACACUCCCUACAGUCCGACUUCUCCGGCCAAGCAGCCUUUGGCACUGAUGUCGUUCAAACCCCAAGCUCUGCGCGACACUUCAAGUGACGUUUGGCUGCAUGGCGUCGCAACCAUCGGCGUGGAGUGCCUUCUCAAUGCUAUGGGUCUGGCUCUCGACACUGGUAACUUGGUUCCUCUACUCGGUCCAGACAUUGCCAGAGCUCUCUGGUCAAUGGCCAACAAGCCUUGUUCCUCUGAGCCCAUACGACAAGAGCUCUUGGAUACUGUGCAUCACUACAAAGCUUGGUCUAAAGUGUUCUCGGAUGCCAUGGAGCGUGUUCUGGACGACAACCACUUGCGAAUGGCCAUCUUUGAUCUAGAGCACGGUGUCUCUGAUGACAGAGAUAACGAAUGUGUACUUGACGAUAUCAAGUGCUUGAAAGAAAUCAUAAGGAACUUCGCACCUGGACUCAAGCGACGUGAACGCAAGUUCACCGAGCCUCUCAACGUUGUGCGCCCCAAAGACCUCCAUGGUUGGACAUCCGACGCUAUUGACAGUUUGACACCUGAAGUUAGGCAGAGUAUCAUCGAACACUCUGAUGCCGCGAUCAAAAGCAAGACGCCUGUUCCUGCUGUGAAAACCCGUUCGGAGGGACAUGUGAUGCUGGGAGUCAUUGACGGUACACCCAAAACUGGUUAG